AAUUAAUAACAAAAAAAGUAUAUUGAAAUAAUUGAAUAAACAAAUACAAUCAACUAUAAUAAGGAUUAUUAUUUAGGUUUUUUUACAGGCCAAAUUGUACAUAAAAACAGACUAUUAAUAUAAAUAUUUAUUUUAUAUCAUUGCUUUCUAGCAACUAUGAGCGCAAUUUAUAACAAAUCUAAGAAUUACAAUAAGAAAUUAAGUCCAUAUAUGUACUUAAUUCAUGAUAACUUAAAAAAAGAAGAAUUAGUUCACAAAUAUCAAAACUUUAUUUCUGAUUAGCACAACUAAGUUUUAGGAUUGAGAGGAGCUAGAGCUAAAAGUAAUUAUGUAAGUAAAUAAGCACCUAAACUACCAUUUGAACCUCAUUACAAUCAUGAAGUCAAUAGAAGCGGUGAAAAGGAUUAUUUACUAAUGCAUAAAAAUAGGUCUGUAGGGAAUAAUUAAUUCAAUCUUACAAAUAAUAAUGAAGAGUUUGAAUAGUCUAGUGUUAUGAAAUACAAUACUCACUAGGACAUAACUCCUGAGAGAGGAAAUUCACUAAUGAAUGAUAAUUAUGAAUCAACAGUUAAGAAAGCUGCUCGAGUGUAUUCAAAUUCUCCAGGCGGAACAGCAAAAAAAAACUCCAUCAAGAAGAAGACUAUGGGAACUUCUAUAAAAGCCAGAUAUGAAAAACUUAGAGAUAUUCUAGAAGAAAGAAAUGAAGAGUUAGAGAAAGAAAGAUUAAUAUUUUUAGGAUGUAUUCAAAAAAUUAAAGAGUUAAGAAUAAAAUACUUUGGUGAAAGCGAAGCUUAUUUUAUAGACCCAAAUGAAAAUUCUAAGAAUUCAUUUGACAAAGAGUACUGUGCCUUAGAAUUAUGUAUUGAGCAAUAUAUGUAAAAAAAUUAAGAUGUAAAUAAAUCGAUGCAAGAAUUUGAACUCAAGGUUGUUUAGUAAGAAAAGCAAAAAAAUCAAUCUACAUUGUCCGAGCUUUAAAAAGAGAAAGAAGGUUUUUAACUAAAAAUGCUCGAGAAGGAGAAGGUUAUUUAGGAAUUACAUAAAGCUUUAAAAGUUUCAGAUGCUGAUGUUUAAUCACUUUCAAAAGAAAUUCACUCAUUAUAGUACAAAUUAAAGGAGGCUUAAUAGCUAAAUGAUCAAUAACAGGAGUAAAAUAGAAAAAUGUAAAAGAGGAUGAAAGAAUUAAAGAAAAUAGAAGAAUAUGGGACUACUAAUUUAUUAGUAUAGUAAGAGAUUGAUAAUUUAAAAUCAUAAAAAUCUGAUUUUGAAAGAAAAUAUUAUGAGCUAAAACAUAAAGUUGGAGAUAUUUCAAAACUAAAAGAAGAUAAUAUUAAUUUAAAAUUAGAAUUAGAUCAUAGAAUUAAAGAUCUCACUAUUGAAAAUGAGAAGAUAACUAGAGAGUAUUAAAUUUUAAUCAAAGAAUAUAAAAUAACCAAGGCGAAAUAAAAGUAGUUAGAAGAAGAGGCCAUUAAAAAUGGAACUAAUGCAUAGGCUUUAUAAGAAACUUAGUAAAAAAUAUCUGCUCAAGUUUAAAAAGAUUUAGAAAUAGAAAAAUAAUACUAUGAAAAUAAAAUAGCUAAUUUGAGAAAAGAAAAUGAAUAAUUAUAAGAAGAAGUUGAUGCAGUAAAAAAAAAACAAAGAGAUUUGGCAAGUGUUACAUAUACUAAAGAAGAUUUUGAAAGGAUGGCUACUGAUAACUCAAAGAGAAUUUAAGAACUUGAAGAUAAAAUUAACGAUCUUACCACAAAAAAUAAGAAACUUGCCAUGGAUACUUAGUCUCUAGAAAAACUAAAAAGUGAUAUUGAUAAUCUUAAAAAGCUCUAUGAGUAAGAAAAAAGCUGUAACAAAGAGUUGAAAUAAAAAAUUGACAUUUAAGAGAAAGCAUAUAAUGAAUUUUAGUAUCAAUAAAAAGUAAUAUAGGAAAAUUUAAGGGUUUAACUGGAUCAAACGCAGAACUAAAUUGAAUCAUUUAAACAUUAAAAAUCUAUUUAAAAAUAAUCAAUUUGCAAUGAUGAUAAUGAAGACAAAGAUAAUAGAUCUUAGUAAAAUUAGAGCUUUGUGUCUAAUAAUCAGUAAAAUAAGGUGAGAAGAAGUAGUUAAUAAAGCAAAACAGAAGAGGAUUAAAUAAUACAAAAUUAAAAUAAUGUAAUAAAUAAAAAAAUAAGCCAAUAAAAAGAAGAGAGUUCAUCUGUAAAAAGCGACUAAAUCCAAUAAAAUAUUGUUAUAAUUCAAAAAUAGAUGAGUAAUUAAGAUAAGAAAGAAGAAAAUAGCAGAAAUUCUGUAAAUAUAAAAUUAAAUAACUAAGAAAAUAGCAAAGAAUAUAUGAAUGGAGAUGUAAUUAUACCUCCUUCUUCAAACAAAAGGCUAAGAAGCAUCUCAUAAACAUCUCAUUACAGCAAUCAAACUAAAGAAUAAUAGUCAAAUAAAAUAAAUAUUUAACAAAAAGAUAUAACUUGUUAAUAGCUCUUGAAUGACAGCAAAGUAAACCUUUCUUAAAAAUCAAGGAAUAUUUAGUAGUAAGUAUAAGAAGAGUAAAAAGCAGCAAGUAUUUUAUCUCAUAAAUAAUCUGCUUAAUCUAAUAAUUCUGCUUUAAAGGCUAACAAAAAUAACAACAGUGAUCCGAUAUCACCUAUUAAUAACGAAUAAAAACAAAUAAAAAUAUUUGUUAACACAGAUUAAACUCAUAGUAGGCCUAAAUAAAGGGCUAGAUCUUAAAUGUCUCAUUAUUCUAGAGAAGACUAAAAAAUUGUAGAAUUUGAUGGGUUAUCUGAAAGUAGCCAACAAUACUCAAAGCUUGAAAAAGAGGAAAUUAUAUCCAAAUAGAAGCUUUUAUAAGAAAAACUUGAAAGAAAUAAUAACAAGAAUCAAAAUAAUAGAAGAUCAUUUUUGACUCAACCUGAUCAAGAAGUUAAGAAGAAACAUUGA